ACCUUAAAUUAUCCCACAAAAUGUCACAGAAGCUCGCUUUUUAAAGCUCAAUAGUACAAACAAAUUUUUCGAGCUGUGUCGGUGCUUGGUGCUGCUGCGGUUGUUUUCAUUUGUGAAUCUUAAAAGCAGAACUGUGUGUGCCGACUGUGCCGACUGUGUGUGUGUGUGUGUGUGGUCGAGGUAGAGAGAAAAAAAGUAGAGAAUAGGCAUCGCUGAGAUCGAAGAAACCCAGUUUGAAUCGAUGCGAAAACCACAAAUACGAAGAAACCAUUUACAACAGUACUGAAGGCGUGCGUGUAACGGGCAGCAACAGUAAAUUGAAACGUAACCUCUUCGGCCCUCACAUAAUAGCCCCCCCCCCCCACACACUGCCUUUAACCGCAUCGCUUCGCAUUGCGCAUUACGUUACGGCAACGGUUACGUCGUGCGUGCCUGCCUCUCGUCUUUCUGUGCCGCGGUGCGUGUGUGUGUGUGUGUGUGCGUAAGGUGUGGUGUAUAUAGAAAAUCGAUUGCAAUUGAACCAACGCCGCAGUCGCCGUAGCAGCAGCCGCGUGUGCCGUUAGGAUUUUUUCCAUUACUAAAAAUCGUGCGCGGUGCUGGGUUUUUUUUUUAGUUUGAUUAAUCCCGCGCCACAGUUUUCUGCAACAUAUCAGAUUAUUGUUUUACAAUUUUUUUGCUUGUGCCACCCGCUAUUCGGUGAUUGCGUGUGUGUGUGUGUGUGUGUGUGUGCGUUUAAAGGAGAAAGAGAAGCAGCAAGAACGUAAAGUACGUACACUUCAUCGCUCUCUCUCCUAACUUCGUUCCGGAUCAAAAAUGGAUAAGCCAACAACAAAAACCACAACGAACACCGCGCCGUCUGAUGCACAGAAUGAGGCAACAGCAGCAGCGGCAACACAGCCAAAUGCUGGGUGUGGCAGCACCACCACCACCAACAAGAGUAACAUCAGUGGCACAACCACAACUAACGGCACCAGCAGCAACUGUAAUGGGAAUAGGAGCCACAGCAACGGCGUCGCCUUGCAGCGUUUAUCAUCAUCGACAACAACAAGUGUAAAUGGAAUCGCCACAAGCAACGGCAACGGAAGUGGCUCCUCCACAAACGGUGGCAUGUUGAUUAACCUCAAUAUCAGCACCACCACCGGCGGCAACUUUGCCGUCAGUGUGGAGCCCCACAUAAACGUGGAGAGCCUCAAGAAGAUCAUCGCCAAAAAGGUGAAGGUGGCAAAGGAUCGCAUAUGUCUGCUUCAUCGUGAAAAAGAACUACAGGAUGGCACACUCAAAGAUCACAACUUAAUGGAUGGUUCCAAGAUCAUUCUAAUACCAAAUGUAGAAACUGGUUUAUUGGCCCAGCGUCCGGAGAACACAGUGAUGCAGGCCCUGGAAUCACUCAACGACUCGCAGGUCAAUGACUUCCUCAGCGGCAAGACGCCGCUCAAUCUGAGCAUGCGCCUGGGCGACCACAUGAUGCUAAUCCAACUCCAGCUGAGCACAGUUAAUCCGAGUGCCGCCACUGUGGUAUCCGCAUCUGGCGGUGGUUCCGUCUCAGCUGCUGCCGCUGCUGGUGCCACCUCCUCGUCCACCAGCUCCAGUUCCAGUUGCAAUGCGACUUCGGCAGCCGCCGCUUCUACAUCUCUAUCGAAGGGCGGUGGCGGCUCCUCUUCCACCGCCGGAUCACAAGCAGUGCUGGUGGGUGGCGGUGGCUCCUCCAACGGUAGCUCAUCAUCAUCGCACACCCGUGCUCGCCCCUCAGGCCAGCGCCUUGGAAAGAUCGGCCAUGGGCACGUGCACAGCCAUCAGCAUCCGAGCCUGCAUCAUGGCUCCUGGCACGGACAUGGGCAUGGCCAUGGGCAUGGGCAUCACCAUCAUCAUCACCACCACCAUCAUCAUCACCAUCAUCACAACGCCUCGGCGGUGGCCGCCGGCACCGGCGGGGGCAUGUCCUCGCUUCGCAAGAUGUUCGUGGAACUUCCCAGUACCAGCCCCAGUCCCAGCACCAGCUCUAGCUCCAGCUCCAGCUCGGGAGGGGUAGGAUCGAGUGCUGCCACUGCCGUUGGGAGCCACCGGGCCGGACCUGGAGGAAGGCAGGAGAGCCAAGGACAGGGCCAGAGUCAAAGCCUCAUCAAUUCACCCGAUCUGACCAAACUGCUGAUCAAGGGCGGCAUCCCGAAUAUUGUCAAGAGCUUUGCCCUCAAGGAGACAAGGCGCACGACGGUCAACGGAUCAUCUGGAUCGUCUGUCGGUCCCGCCACCGGCAAGAACCUGCUGGAACAGUCGCCCAUCAAAUCGCUCUCGAAUCUCGUCUCGAGCCCCAUCAAGAUGACAGCCAUCAAGAACAUUCCCUCGGGCUCGGGCUCGGGCUCGAGCUCGGGUUCGACUUGCAGCUGCAGCUCCACCCCGCCCACGGCCACGCCGCCUGCCUCUACAUCCAGCAGCGCCUCCGCUUCAUCGGGUGGCGGAGUGUGCAGCAGCAAUGGCUGUCAACAGGAUCCAAUAGCCGCCAAGCUGACGUCGUGCCUCUGCACGCGUCUGGCCACAUCGCCAGUUGGCCAGACGACAGGGGCAUCAUCCGCGGCGGCUGCCCCUCCAUCUGCUUGUGCCUCCGCCACUGCCCCAAUGUUACCGAGGUCCAACAAGUGCCCCGACAGUUGCAUUGGCUUUGCAGCGUCCCGCUCCUCGGCCAGCGGUAGCAGCAGUAGCAGCACUAGCGCUGGCAGCAGCAACAGCAGCAGCCUCGGAGUCACCUUCUCCGGUAACUCGAUGAUGCACAAAACCGGCAACAACCGCAUUGCGCGCUCCAAGCACCGCCACUUCCAUAACCACAGCAGCCAGAAUCAGUUCUACCAGCAGGCGUGCGUUAAUGCAGCCGCCUUUUCCGCCUCAGGAUCGGGAUCGGGAUCGGGAUCUGCCUUGCGCCGCAAGCAGGAGCAAACUGGUGCAGCAGCACCCACAGCUGCUCCCACAGCAACAGCCCCUCAAGCCACCAUUUCAGCCUCCUCAGACCCGGAUGAGGCAUCACUGGGUGUGUCCGACACUCGGACACUGGCCGAGGCAUCGCGCAAUCUCACACAGACGCUGCGCAAGCUCUCCAAGGAGGUGUUCACCAACAAGAUCGAUCUGUCCGGGGCCAGUGUGAGCAGCUCCAGCAGCAGCAGCGGCGGCGGCUCCUCGGGGUCCGGUGGCAGUGGUGGCAGCCACGUGGUCGGCGGCUCUUCUGCGGGUGCAGGCGAUGAGACACCAAGGAAGGGCGGCUCCGGGGCCGUCAUUGAGUCGAUGAAGAACCAUGGGAAGGGAAUCUACUCUGGCACCUUCUCGGGCACCCUGAACCCCGCAUUGCAGGACCGCUACGGUCGCCCCAAGCGCGACAUCUCGACGGUGAUUCACAUUCUCAACGAUCUGCUGAGUGCCACGCCCCAGUACAGCCGCGGGGCGCGCAUCAGCUUCGAGGCACCCAGCGGCUCCUCCUCGAGUGGGUCAGGCUCCUCGUCAGCAUCCACCUCCUCCUCUGCUGCAGCAGCAGGAGCUGCAGUCAGUGGACUGCACCAUGGAUCCCGCGGUAAAAUUUACUCAUCGAAGCAUCACAACUGCGUCAAGUGCAGUCGCGCCCACCAAUACACAGCCGUGUCGACAGCCUUGACUGGCGGCUACUCCGCAUCGAAGGCAUCCGCAGCGGCAGCAGCGGCCGCAGUACUAUCCUCAGCCUCCACAUCAUCCAAGUCCGUGCACAGUUGCUGCCUCCUGGAAGGCAGCAAUGGCAGCGGCAGUUCAGCAGCCACAUCCAUUCACAGCAAUGGAAAUGGUUGCAGCUGUCGCUAUCGCCUUGUGGCCGGUGCCGGUGGGGAAGAGCGCGAACGCGAGAAGGAGUUCACGUGCCAGAAGUGCACACAGGAGAUGGACAACCUCAAGACCAAGUCGAAAAUGGAUCAGCUGCGCCUGGUCAUGCAGCAGCACAAGCAGAAGCGCGAGGCUCGCAAACUCAAGAGCGGACCCUACGCGGUCAAUGUCAGCAAUGCGGCUGCGGGGUCCAGUGCAGGCGCUGAGGCUGCCUCUGUGGGCGCUGGCGCCCAGUACAGUGCAGUGAGCGCCCUGGUGGCCACUGCUGCCCAGGGAACUGUCGGAACAGCAGGAGGAACUGCAGCAGCCACAGCAGCAGGGGUUGGCGGAACAGCCACAGCAGCAACAACAACGACCACCGCCACAGCCACAGCAGCAUCGGGGGCCAGCAGCGAGGUGCCGCCCAAUCACAUUGUGGAGGAGGUGGACACGGCUGCCUAAGCAAACCCCUCAACCUCAACCUUGUCCUAUUUGUUUAGCAUUUACUAGUUUAUGCUUGAAAUCUGUUCCAGCAAGCAACAAACACACAAUCCACAACAACACCAACACGAAGGGAAAUAAGUUAAAAAGAAACGGAAACGGAAAGAAGAAAUAGAAAAGUAACAGAAUAGAAGGAUAGAAGGGAAAGAAAAACUUACUUAAGAGUGUAAUCAUCUAAAAAUGUAGUUUGUAACCCCAACCGAUCCUCAUCCUUGUGGAUGCUAUGACGAGCAGUCCACCAUCCACUCGUUUUGCUCUUCCAUGCGGAGUCCUCCAAUCAGCCCAUCCGGGACGGUGGAGAGAGAGAGAGAGGAUUGGAGCUGUUAAAUUAAUUGUAAGAAUUCUAAUUGAGAACACACACAAAAACCCGAUGAAAAAACACAACCACAAGAUGAGAAUAAUGUAGAAUGCCACGACUCCACAGGGCUCACCAAGAAGAAGCCAGGAGAUCGUAUGCAAAAUAAUAUUUGUAAAUGGAAUUUAGUUAAAUUUGUUUGUUCUAUCUGAGGGAAAAUAUUUCGAGUAACACUCUACUCUAGUAAAGAGAGAGAAAGAGAGAGAGAGAGAGAGAGGGAAAAUUCAAAUUGUUAAAAUCUGAACCCCAUAAAAAUGUAAUAAAAAAAAAAAUAAAGGAACACACACGUAAUAUUACAUGCAUAUAAAUCCAUAAAAUAGCAAUUAUGAGUAACCGAAGGAAAAGAAAUUCAAAAGUGAAGUGCAGAAAUCAUUUGAUAAAUUAUAGAAGAACCAGAAAUUAGAAUUUACUUUAAGAACACUUUAAGGACACACACACACACACACACCACACACACACACACACAUGGCUUUGGCAGCUUUAUAUUCAAUAUUAUGUUAAAACUUAAACACGAGAGAACGAGGAUCGAUCGCUUUAACCUGAUUUGCCUUAAUAGAAAAUCGUUUAUUUUUUCCGCCUUAUCUUUAUAUAUAACUUUUUUUUUGUUUGUUUCUGGAUCACAAAGAUCACGAACAUUUGUGUUUAAAACGGGUGAGCGAAUGGAAGGAUGGAUAAUGGUGGAUAAUGAAUUGUUCAGCCACCAAUCCAAUACAAUCAAUCCAUUCAAAAAUCCACACCACACACUACAAGCUAUUACUAUUGAAUUAGUUAGUAAGAACUACCUAUGUUUCUUCGAUUCUAUUAAUUUUACCUUUGAGAGCACACAACCCUAAUGCUUUAUGUAUAAUCUGUAAUCUUUAAUCUAUUAUCUAUAAUGAUGAUUACUAUUUUGGAUUGCAAGUAUAUCGUAGUUUAGUUUUGAAAAACUGUUCUCAGUUGCAGUUUUCAGCGGAUUUAUCAGUUAAUCAGUUUGGAAUAUACAAAUACUAUACACAUAUUAUUGGAUACGUAACCUAAUUCAUGACUAUUUUUUUUUGUUUGUUGUUCAACACUUACACUCGUACUCUUACCCGAUUUAAUUCUGAUUCACAUGCAGAUGAGUAAUGCAAUUAGUUUUUAGGCAAGUUGAACUCUUGAUUUUCGAUUGGAGUACCUUUUGGCCCACUCCACCCGAGUGCACCCAACACUACAGCAACAACAACAACAACAACAACAACAACAAAUACAAGAACAACUACUUUUGAUUUCAAUAAAUGUUUAGUAAAUGGUUUAGUUAACUAA